GACAACAGAAAAUAGUGCAAUUGAAAUAAUAACCUGUGAAUGGCUGCAAUUGAGAAAGUAAAGGUCGUCGUCCUUGGUGAUUCUGGCGUCGGCAAAACAUCAUUGACUUACCUAAUCGCCCAUAACAAGCCGUUAGUUUCACCGGGAUGGACGGUGGGUUGCUCUGUGGAGGUGAAGUUGCACAGAUACAAGGAAGGCACCCAGGCUCAGAACACCUUCUUCGUCGAGCUCUGGGAUGUUGGCGGGUCCAACAACCAUCGAAACACUAGGAAUGUGUUCUAUCAGCCCACACAUGGUAUAAUAUUGGUACACGAUUUGACAAAUAGAAAAAGUCAAGGCAAUUUACAAAAAUGGUUGUCCGAAAUCCUCAACCAAGACGGUACGAACCCAAAUCAGCACGUGGAUGUGGAUCCCGAACAGUUCCUAGGCUCCACUAAAAUUCCUAUUCUUGUCAUUGGAACGAAAUACGAUUUAGCAGAGGAGAAGCAAAGGAAGAACCAGUACAGAAGACUCGCGAGUAGCAUAGCCGAGCAAUGUGGAGCUGAUGAGAUAUUUGUGAACUGUUUUCAAGCUAGAUCGCUUGCCCCGGGCAACAGCAAUACAGUGAAGCUGACGAGAUUCUUCGAUAAGGUGAUAGAGCGCCGCUACUAUUCCCGCGUGAGCCCGUUCCCGGACAAGCGACGCCCCAUCCCGUCGUAUGUCCUGGAUUCCACUCCGAUCUCGACAAAUAAACGCCCGCAAUACUUGAGCCCGAGAUUCUACCAUAUGGACUAGUUGACUUGUUUACUGCAAAAUGUUAUCUUUAUGUAUAUUAUUCAAAUACCCUUUAUUUAACACGUAAGAAACAAUAAAAAGUUAUGUAAAAAUUCAGUCUGAAAGACAAA